UGCUUGGGCAACAUAUAACUACUUGGCCUCAGAAGAUCAGAUGGAGCAGGAAACUUUUGGAAAAGUCAUUUACAAAUCUACAUAGCUUCAGGAGAGUUUGCCUAUAAGCAGUGUGCAAAAGUGAUCUAAAGGAGCCAGAUAGUCCACAUAAAUAAGAAGUGAAAUUGGCCUGCCAAUGCUUUCUUUCUGAAGCAGUGAGAAGCAGAUGAGCAUUUUGCAGUGAAUAUACUAUAAACCAGAGGUGGAGGCAAAGAGAGAAGGCAAGGAGUGCUCCUGAGAAUGCAUCUGCACUCUAGUUAAAGCCGCUUCGGGUGGCAAGACCUAAUUUCUCUGUAAAUGGAGCAGAAAUAUCACACUGGUGUUUCCUCUGUAUGAGUGCAAAGAUACAGGCAUUUCUCCAGAUGCUGAAACAGCAUGAGAAAGACACAAGACAGAGUCAACAAGCACAAACCAUGGAUCGAGACUUCAUAUCACGGAGUCAUAACUGAGAACAAUGACACAGUCAUUUUGGACCCACCACUUGUAGCCCUGGAUAAAGAUGCACCAGUUCCUUUUGCAGGGGAAAUUUGUGCCUUCAAGAUCCACGGCCAGGAGCUGCCCUUCGAGGCCGUGGUGCUCAACAAGACGUCAGGAGAGGGCCGGCUGCGUGCCAAGAGCCCCAUCGACUGCGAGCUGCAGAAGGAGUACACGUUCAUCAUCCAGGCCUACGACUGUGGCGUGGGGCCCCGGGAGACGGCCUGGAAGAAGUCGCACAAGGCCGUGGUCCACAUCCAGGUGAAGGACGUCAAUGAGUUUGCUCCCACCUUCAAAGAGCCAGCCUACAGGGCAGUCGUGACAGAGGGGAAGAUCUACGACAGCAUCCUGCAGGUGGAGGCCGUCGACGAGGACUGCUCCCCCCAGUACAGCCAGAUUUGCAACUAUGAAAUCAUCACAACGGACGUGCCCUUUGCCAUUGACAAAAAUGGCAACAUUAGAAAUACCGAGAAGCUGAGCUAUGACAAGCAACGCCAGUAUGAGAUCCUGGUGACCGCCUAUGACUGUGGACAGAAGCCCGCCGCGCAGGACACGCUGGUGCAGGUGGAUGUGAAGCCAGUUUGCAAGCCUGGCUGGCAAGACUGGACCAAGAGGAUUGAGUAUCAGCCUGGCUCAGGGAGCAUGCCGCUUUUCCCCAGCAUCCACCUGGAGACGUGCGACGGGGCCGUGUCCUCCAUCCAGAUCACCACGGAGCUGCAGACCAAUUACAUCGGAAAGGGCUGUGACCGGGAGACCUACUCUGAGAGAUCUCUUCAGAAAUUAUGUGGAGCCUCCUCUGGUAUCAUCGACCUCUUGCCGUCCCCCAGCGCUGCCACCAACUGGACAGCAGGGCUCCUGGUGGAUAGCAGCGAGAUGAUCUUCCAGUUUGAUGGCAGACAAGGGGCCAAGAUCCCUGAUGAGAUUGUGCCCAAGAACCUGACAGACCAGUUCACCAUCACCAUGUGGAUGAAACACGGCCCCAGCCCUGGUGUGAGAGCCGAGAAGGAAACCAUCCUCUGCAACUCAGAUAAGACUGAAAUGAACCGGCAUCACUACGCCUUGUACGUGCACAACUGCCGCCUCGUCUUUCUCUUGCGCAAGGACUUCGACCAGGCCGACACCUUCCGCCCUGCUGAGUUCCACUGGAAGCUGGACCAGAUAUGUGACAAAGAAUGGCAUUACUACGUCAUCAAUGUGGAGUUUCCUGUAGUUACCUUAUACAUGGAUGGAGCAACAUAUGAACCCUAUCUGGUGACCAACGACUGGCCCAUUCAUCCAUCUCACAUAGCCAUGCAACUUACGGUCGGCGCUUGUUGGCAAGGAGGAGAAGUCACCAAACCGCGGUUUGCUCAAUUCUUCCACGGCAGCCUGGCCAGUCUCACUAUCCGCCCUGGCAAAAUGGAGAGUCAGAAGGUGAUCUCCUGCCUGCAGGCCUGCAAGGAAGGACUGGAUAUUAAUUCCCUGGAAAGCCUCGGCCAAGGAAUAAAGUACCACUUCAACCCCUCACAGUCCGUCCUGGUGAUGGAAGGUGACGACAUUGGGAACAUCAAUCGCGCCCUCCAGAAGGUGUCCUACAUCAACUCCAGGCAGUUCCCGACGGCGGGUGUGCGGCGCCUGAGAGUCUCUUCCAAAGUCCAGUGCUUCGGAGAAGAUGUGUGCAUCAGCGUCCCCGACAUGGAUGCCUAUGUGAUGGUGCUGCAGGCCAUUGAGCCCCAGAUCAGCCUCCGGGGCACGGACCACCUCUGGAGACCCACCACCCAGUUUGAAAGUGCCCGAGGGGUGACCCUCUUCCCGGACCUCAAGAUCGUGAGCACCUUUGCCAAAGCCGAGGCCCCGGGUGACCUGAGGACCACAGCCCCCAAAUCAGCAGUCUUAGAAGAAAUGCUUCACAACUUAGAUUUCUGUGACAUUUUGGUGCUUGGAGGGGACCUGGACCCAAGACAGGAAUGCCUGGAGCUCAACCACAGCGAGCUCCAUCAGCGACACCUGGAUGCCACCAAUUCCACAGCAGGCUACUCUAUCUAUGGCGUGGGCUCCAUGAGUCGCUAUGAGCAGGUGCUGCAUCACAUCCGCUACCGCAACUGGCAUCCAGGUUCCCUUGAGACCCGGCGGUUCAGAAUCAAGUGCUCAGAACUCAAUGGACGUUAUACCAGCAAUGAGUUCAACCUGGAGGUCAGCGUCCUCCGUGAGGCCAGAGUCUCAGACAAGGAGCAUGUCAACCACCUUAUUGUGCAGCCUCCCUUCCUGCAGUCUGUCCACCACCCUGAGUCCCAGGGUAGCAUCCAGCACAGUUCAGUGGUCCCAAGCAUCGCCACAGUGGUCAUCAUCAUCUCCGUGUGCAUGCUGGUAUUUGUCGUGGCCAUGGGCGUGUACCGGGUCCGGAUCGCCCACCAGCACUUCACCCAGGAGGCGGAGGCUGCCAAGGAGGCUGAAAUGGAUUGGGACGACUCUGCGCUCACUAUCACAGUCAACCCCAUGGAGAAACAUGAAGAACCAGGGCAUGGGGAAGAGGAGACUGAGGAAGAGGAAGAGGAAGAAGUAGAGGAAGACGUGAGCUCCAGCAGCAGUGAGUCAGAGGACAGCGAAGAGGAAGAGGAGGAGGAAGGGGUCGGCAGGGGCAGGCACGGGCAGAGCGGAGCCAGGCACACCCAGCUGGAGUGGGAUGACUCGGCCCUGCCCUACUAGCACCCCGCUGCCUGCGCCCACUCACGCGGCCCUUUUGUAAGCCCCACCCGAUGUAUGCCCGAGUCUAUCAUGUGUCGCCUCUGAUUCCUAUGACGGGUCUGGGCAGGCCUUCUCCAGCCUCCUGAAAGCCACCCUUUAUGCCUUGGGCACUCCCUGUGUCCCAGCCCUGGGGAGGGUCCAAGACUCCCAGGGUCGUCAUUAGUGGGGACUUCCAGGGGGACUUUGUCCUGUAGCCCCCCAUGUCUGCCCUGGGCUCUCCCAGCAUCCUGUCAGCCAGUCUGCAGAGUUCUGCCUGUGCUCUUCUCUACAGGGGAGAAAGUCAGCCUUUAUAUCACUCACCUCCCCCGGACUCCCUGUGCCCAGGGCCCUUGGGUUCCAGCUCACUGUGCGUGCACCUGCCCCCGUCUCCUCUUCCACACAGACCAGCAGGUUCUCCUUCCCUGACUCUUCAGGUGGCUUCACACGGGCAAGGUGGUCAGACUUCACACACAAGAGGUCUCCAUUCUUAAAGGAAAGUCCUUGUUGAGGCAGAAUUAAUGUAUAGGGAAAGGUUCACAUGGACGCACGCACACGCACUCAUACGCUCUCCCCAGUUCGGAGAGCCUUUCCCUUUGUCCUUUCUGAUGCCACACAAACUUAGAUGAAAAGUCCAAAACCAAGAAGAGGUCCUUGGCCACAGCAGGGUCUGGUCCCCAGCCAAAGCUCUCUGUCAGCCUGCCUUGGCUGCCCUGCUGGGGGCUGCCACCACACAUCACAGGAACCAGGAAGCACUCCACAGAGGCACCGCCCCAGGCGACAGCGUGACAAGCCUGCAGCCAGGGAUCAGAAGGAAAGGCUGAUAGGAUGAGCAGCUGGGCAUCACGGCAGGCACAGAUCUGGGGGACGGGGGUGGUGGGGGUCUCCCCAGAGGGCAGCCAGAGGUUGACAAGGCUUUCAGCAUCUAGUCUUAGGGUCCCUCAUCACCAGUUUCACACUGUUUUACCUCUUGAGAAAAUGCAUCCCUCUCAGAUGUGUUAGUGUGAACUGUGAAUGUGCCGAAUCUAAAAUGAAAGUUUGGAGAUUUGAAUGCUGGGAAUUAGGAGCAUAUCUGUGAUUGGAACAGCUGCUGCUUUAUUCUUCUCAUAAAAGGAGCAACGCUUUGGGUGGGGGGCAAAUAUAUCUGAAAACCUAAUUUCUUGUUUUAAUAAGAAAAUCUUUUCCAACUCCACCCUAACAUGGAUACCUCGUGAGAAGGGUUGCUAUGGUAACUUGUGUGCGCUCUUUUGUGACCAAGAGAAGAGCAGGCAAAAACAGGGCCAUUCUAGGACUUCCACAAGGCUCUGAGACCGUCUUUGUUUCGAAUGUCUCUGGCUUUGUCCUCCGUCUGUACGAUCUGUCCCUUCCUCCCGCCCUCCCCCAGCCCAGCCCAUACUGGCAGAGGCACAGAGCUGGCCCCUAGUCACGGUGGCAUUCAAGUUCAAAAGCAAGUUGAGAAUCUGUUCAUUCUACUCACCAUGUCACCAAAACAGAGCUUAAAGGGGGGGGGUGCGGUCCAUCAUCAAUGUCCUCUAGUUUGACCUCCAUCCAUGAGCAGCCCCUGCAACCUUCUGAUUCAAGCAAACUACCUGAUGCAGCUUUUUCCACCACUGAUAGUGGUUCUUGCAUAUCUGUUUCCCUCCUUUGAGCCUCACCAUAAUUCAGUCAGAGAAUUGGGACAUCUAUUGUCAGGCAUAUUUUGAGUAAACUGAGGUUCGGAGCUUCAGCACCUUGCUCAGAGUCAUUUAGAGCCAGAGACGAGACCAGACUCCCCACCUUCCACUCUUGGUCCAGUGCCCACCCACCCCACUUCUAUUUAUAUUCAUAUAUAUACAGCUCGCAGGCACUUCUGAGGACCUACUAUGUGCUAAGCACUCAACCAGCAGCCCUACAAAAUGCUAAAGCUGAGGAAGAGGAGCGCCUCCCCUCCAAGGAUAUAAUCAUUGCAGAGGGGUACCCAACAGGCAUAGAAAUUAUACGAAACAGACCCAGAGCAGGGAGAGAAGUCACGGGAGGAAGAGGCACACAAUCACAAACUCAAUCAGUGCUCUAAUUUUUCGGAAAAAUGCAGGCAGAAGUUCGGGAUUUUAUAUUCAUUGAAUGGAAACAGACACUUCUGUGAAUUCUCCCAACCAAAAUGCCCUUUUUCUAUCAGGCUGUGUCUGCACAUCUACAAGGAGAAAAUCUCUAACACUGCUUAGAGGAGUCUUAAACACUCCUACCAUACGUUCAAGGAAAGCAGCCUUCCCAUUUGCCAAGGGAAAGUAGAGUCCCACCACUCCCUUCGUUAAAUAAAAGAAGAUUCUCCAGUUGGGCACUUAGGAGCUAACAGAAUUCUCCCAAAAUUAUGGCAGUAUAACCAAAUUUAUGGUUCAAAACCCUUUUUUUUGUUAUAAGAAAUUUUUUUAAUGUUUCAAGUUUCUAAAUUCUAGUAAAUUAACAUAGAGUGUAAUAUUAGUUUCAGGAGAAUUCAGUGAUUCAUCACUUACAUACGACACCCAGUGCUCAUCACAACCAGUUCUUUUUCAACUGAAUUUCCAUUUAAAAUUAUAGGUCUGGUUUUCAUGAGAGCACCUUGCAGAGUCCUUUUGGUUUGGUUGGGGUGGGAAGGGCUUCCUCAUGCCCUCUGGCCAACUCCAAUGCUGCAUCACUUACUCAUGGUUGAGUGGGCUAUUUGGAGCAUAAUUUGGGGAGGGUAUUGAGGGAUCAGGUAAAAGUGGCACUUGGCUAAGGACACAGGGUUGAAUCAUUAGUGACUAGAUUGAUGUAGAGAAAUAAUGGAAACAAGUCAGGACCCUCUCCAUCAACUCCUGUUGUGCGAAGCCAGACUGCAUGUCAGCUCCAAAAAUGAGGCAUAAUAAUACUGCUGGGUCAGUGGGCAUUUAUCAUGUUCCCAAUACCCUACUCAACAAGAAGGAGUGGUUAUAUAAAAGUAGAAGAAGCUUCAGGGACUAUUCAGGUGAGUGGCGAGUAAUGUAACUUGCCCUCCACCAGAUAUUCUAAUGAUGAGCGAAAAAGGUCAUUAAUUAGCCCAGCAUUUUUCCAGGUUCCAUAUGCUGGUAUCUGGGAACCAGAACUCCCAGAUGGCCCAGACACCGUGUGGCCUCUCAUCCAGAAGCAGCAGAUGCAGGCUCAUACCCCAGAGGAACAGCUGGCCACAGGCCAGACCAUUGCUUAUCUUGCCAAGAAGAUGACCAGAUUCUGCUCUCUGGAGCUGGAAAAUAGAUAGGCUGAAACCUCUCAAGCGAUUCGGGUGACAGGGAGGAAGAGGAAGACAAGGUUGAAAUGGAAAAGGCCAGUAUAGAAUGAGCUGCCCAAUGGAGUAAAGCAAUCAACUUGUUGGUCACCUGUCUUAAAGAAUACCAAAAGUAUAUUCGAGUAGGUUAAUCGAAUGCUUUAAAUCUGACCAAGGCCCAAAUUUAUGUAGAUAACAAAAAUGUAAUUUGAGUCGGAUCUUAUUUCAUUACCACUUUCUUAAAUGUUCUCAAUCAUCCUAUUGAGCAGGGUUUAGACCACACCUCUCUGCAGGUAGCAAGAGCUGCACCUUGUGGACACAGACCCUCCAGGGAGAGGGCUCCUGGUGGGAAGCAAUGUCUUCCAUGCCUGUACAUACAGCAGAUGUCAGCAAACUUUAUCUAUAAAGAGACAGAUAGUGAAUAUUUGGGGCUUUGCAGGCCAUAUGGUCUCUGUUGCAAGUAUUCAAAUCUGCUACUGUAGCAUGAAACAAACCACAGACAAUACAUAAACGAAUGGAUAUGGCUAUGUUCCAAAAAAAAGUUAUGAAUACUAAAAAAGAAAAUUCGUAUUAUUUUCACAUCAUGAAAUUUUAUGACUUGUUGAUUUUUACUUUUUGACCAUUUAAAAAAUUAAAAAACUCCUCUGAGCCCAUGGGCCAUACAAAACCCAGCAGCCUGCCAGGUUUGGCCUGUAGGUCAUAGUAUAAACACCCCUACCAUACGUUCAAGGAAAGCAGCCUUCCCAUUUACCAAGGGAAAGGAGAUCGCUAUCUUAGACCCUUCCUUCAACUACCCAGGGGUCUCUACCUCCAAAAUGAACAACAACUCCAUAGCCCUUAGUUAGGCUCUUUUAAAUGUCCGUGUCCCAGCGAGAAAAUGACAACAAAAAACACCUGUUACUGGUCAAAUUGACUUGAACACACAGGCAAGCACUCAUGCAGAAUGCCAAGCCCUGGGUACAGGAACUGUGACCACUGAGCGCUAACCCGCUUGAGCUCAGGGCCAACUCCCAGGCACAGAGCCUUCCCAGCACAACUCAGCCCACAAUGAUUUCUAAGCGGGGGUGUUCAUCAUCUGACUGAUUUCCAUUUCAGCCCUGUUCAUGCCAUUGCUCUAAAAAUGAUCCUAAAGACUUUUGACUGUUUGAAUCAAUAGCAACACAAUCAGUAGAAAGCCCUACCCAGCGCAUUUCAAAAUUAGCAGUCUUCAUGGCUCUAUGAUUCAAUAUUAGCAAGAGGAAAAGAGGACUUUUUCUUAACCAUCCUCUCAUUGAAAUUAACCAAAUGAGUUUCACAAAAAAAGUGAGGGAGUGAAUUUAAUUCUUUGAAAGAAUUUACAAGUGAAAAGUAGAUGAUUUUCAGGUAAGAUCAUUCUCAGGCCUUUGGGGGAUCCUCCAAGCCCCUGCAAAAUACUCUGGAGAGCUACGGACGGUACAGGAUCCUCUAUCUGCAGCAAACUUUUAUCGAGGCUGACAAGCCAAAGCCCUUGGCACAAUUUAAUUUUUUAUGUAAUCACUUUCCACUGCCCAACUGUAGGCAAAGGAAAUGAACAGUGAAAGUCUUGAAGUCUACUCCAGCACCUUCAUUUCCCUGCCUUUAUUUUAUUUUAUAAAUUUAUUCUGUACCUACUUUAUAGAUCUUGUUCUAGUUUUCUUUAUGGUGCCAACUACAAAGGAGAGUUGGCUCUACAAGGGCUAUAGAUUAGAAGUCAAACUUGACUCUAUCCCAAGACAACACAAAGAGAUACAAGAAGGUACCUCCACCAGCACCCCAGAAAGCAAUCAAACAUUCCCUGGAUGCCAUUAGUGAACAGAUGGGAUUCUGUGUUUGCAGCUACGUUCAAUGUAAUUCAGCAAAUCCUUGCUGAGUGCCCAUGGUGUGCCAGGCCCUGUGCCAGAAACGGGGGAAAGGUGGAUGACUGAGGUGUGGCCCUGCCCAGGUGGGUCUUCCAGGCUCAUGAGCUGUUGGCAUGCUUCCUUUACGGUGUUGGAGGCUGUCUGAGAGCAGUUGGAACAGGUGCAGGCAGAAGUUUAGAGUUGAGGGAGGUGGGUAACUUGCUUUGGCAAUUCUCCACCCUAAGUCAGAUGGCAGGUGUCAUUCUGGGAGCCCUCGAACACACUGCCAAGGUCAAAAUAGGAGAGCUCUAGGGAAGCAGGCAGUGCUUCCCCUAGAUGUUUCUGAUUCUGCCCCAGCCCAACCCAGGUCACUUAUGGAUGAAAGCCAGUCACGCUGCCUACGAGGUGAGUAUCACAUGGCUGAAGGCUGAGAUUCAGUGAGACUAGGCCAAAGGAAGUUCUUCAGUAUGAAGAGCAGGCAGGCAGACCUGGAAAGUAAGCCAAGUACAGGGGCCUGCAUGUGCCAAGUUCCAAAGACACGAAAAGCCUGAUGUGAGGGUGCACCCCUGAGGCCUAAAGUCAGGGCUGAGGAGGGAAGAAGGGCCCUGACUUUGUAGGACCUGCUAAGGGGCCACAGGACACUGGAGAGCAGAGGUUCUUAAGGUGCAUCCCUGGACCAGAGCAUCACCUGGGGAUAAGAGAGAAAUGCAAAUUCUUGGGAUCCACCCAAGAGCUACUGCAUCAGAAACCAGGGGUGGGGCCCAACAGUGUAUGUUUUAAGGCUCUCUGAUCCUGAUGCACUCUAUAAAGGUUUGGAAACCACUGAUGUAGAGGAUGAGAGUGACUUUCACUGGCCCUGGGAGGAGAGGAUUAAUAGGCUAAGAGAGUCCAUCACUAGUGUGGAAGAGAGGGGGUCAAAGCAGAGCUCCCCGUGAACCGUCCAGGGCCCUCCAGACUCUCUCUAGUCCAUACUCCCUGAAGCAGCGAUUUCAAGGAACUUUGGGCCUAGUCCCAACUUCAUUCCUCCCCUGGGGCAGAAGCCACCUCCUGCUGGUCUAGCCCCUUUCAUCCUAGAGACAGACACAGUCCAGGGGAGGCUGUGGUGAGGCUACCCAUCCCUAGGGAGGCUGCCUUCCAGAUUCCCAUUGAUGAGCAGCCUCCUGAAGGGCCAUAUUUUAGGGGAAAUGAUUAAACUGUAGCAGUGUCCCUACAUCACCAGGAGAACUGCCUACAGACAGUGGAGUGGGGCCAUCUAAGGGCACCAACAGCUUUGCUGCAGUGCUGCUCCAUCUGUAUACGACAGGGUCACGCAGCGUCACAAUCCAAACACAGAAUUGGAUGGAGAAUAAAUGGCUUUUCUUGGAAGGGCAGAAGCUCAUUCUGGAUGUUACUAAUAGUAGAAAACAAAACCCCAAAACAAACCUGCAGCAUUCUCUACAGGCAGAAUCUAUGUUGGCCUUCAAACCUCUAAGACCUGCAAAGGUACCAGUCUCCACCAAUUCCCUUCUCCCCUGCCCCCCAGAAGCCUGAGGUCUGCCAAUUAUUGAUUUAGGCUUUUGAUUCAUGGCUUAAACUCUGCAAAAGUCUACAACCUUUUGGGAGAAACUAGUUGGCACUCUAUCGUCAUUUACACCUACCUGUGGUGCAGAAUCUGUCCUCACGUAAAGGUUGCUGGGAGUCAGAGACUGGGGCGCUGGGCCUUAGGGUGGAAGGAUGGAGGGGCUGGAAGGGAGUGGGAGUGGAAGGGAGUGGGCUGGAAGGGAACCCAGACACAUGGCCUUGGAGAGCUCAGGAGAGGAGCUGCUACCUCUGGACCAUGGAGGUGAUACAUCUCCAAGAGCCCGGGACCCAUCCCAUGAGAACUGUCCGUUGAAUGAAAUGGAACCACAGUGCUCAAGCACCCACUGGGGACCCUGACCAGGCCCCAGAAAACAUGGCUGUGUGAGGCUGAUGGCCCCUCAGCUCCUGCCGCCUCCGCUGUCACAGGCUCCCUCGUCAAGGCAAGAGUCACUCACCUAUCCCAGCGCCGUGGGUGACUAGUACAGCACCUGGCCCACGGUACGCGCUUGAUAAAUGGUGAAUUAAACAGAAUACCAGAGAUCACCUGACCUCAGCAAAUGGACAGGAUGUGAAAAAUUAAGAUGCUUCAAAAAAAAAAAAAAAAAAGAAGACUCCACCAUCAUUUCUCUUGGUAUAUAGGUCGGGAUCCUUCAUAAAAUCAGAGUGAGGAGGAGUGGAAGUACAUAGAGGGGCAGAAGAACAGGAAUGGGGUUGUUGGACAGUGGCCCCUUCCUAUCUAUAACAGUAAAAGGUGCCCCUAAGCACGGAGCAGUUGGAGGGGCCUUGAUAAGCCCACCUGCUCCAUCCUCUAGGUCCUGAGAGGGGGUCCUAAUCUGUUAAUGACCCCAGUCCUGUGGUGCUCUGCAGCCCCUUUUACCAGAUUCGCUGCAGAGAUCUGUCAAGGUGAAGCUCAACCCCCAACAGACAUAGGAAAAGAGAACAACAGACGUGAGAAGAGCCAAAACGCAGACGGUGUAUAUUAAUCCCAGGCGAAAGAAACGUGCCAGCUUUAACAUUUGUUCACUUUUAUCUUGAAAUGAAAAUGCAUGUCUGCUGCCCAGACCCUUUUCUGAGCAUUUCAGAACAGAAAUGGGACACACACACUCACUCAUCGUAGGGGUUCUUUCCCCAGCAGAAAGAGCUAUCAGAGAAAGAAGCCCACAGGUUGUGUCUAUGUGCAGGAGCAGAUAACCAACCACAGGUCCCAGCUAGAGUCCAGCCCUGUGAAAAAGGGAGGGGAAGGGCCAGGAGACAGCUGUCCUUAGGAAGGGUUCGUUAGGGCCUCUGUGACAAAGGGCUCCACUUGGGCCUGCGGAUCAGAGAGAAGAGUACGAUGUGCACACCCCUGCAGACAAAAGUCCGUGCAUCCUGGGCAAUGUGGAACACACCCCCUAGCUCCUCCCUCCACUGCAAAGGAGCCGCCAAUGUGUAAGAUUCUUAGAAGAGGCCACGUACAUCUUCACUUGUACACUUCAAAUGGUGGAAAUAAGGCAAAUGCUGUUCGGAGAUUAGGAGGUUAGACUUGAUACCCAGGGCUGAUCACUCAAAAGGCAAAGAGAGAGAGAUUGAGGGGAAAGCGGACUCAGAGUUAGAGAGGGAACAGGCGAGGCUGGGCGAAGAGUAACAGAACAGAAACGUGCUCACCGAGGAAGCCAGAGCAUUGCUCUGAACUGAGAGCUCUAUGCAAGUUUCAGCAAACUAUGGGGAAGCCUGGCCCUGUGACCCAGGGGCAGUCAAAUCCACACCUCCAGACUCAGCCCUGUUCGAAGGUGGUUUCAUUCUUAAUUGAACCAGUCGUGAUGGAUCAAUCCACCUGAUCGCUUCCGGCCUGACCUUGGUGGCGUCCAAAAAAAGGUGUUGGUGCCCUGAGCUGGACAGCUUGGAAGGAAGUUGAAGAAAACCAGCUGGUGAAUAAGAAAAGAGACUGCAUGUAGAAGUUGGUUGUUUUCAAAGAAAUCUGUAGGUAUUAGAGUCAGGUGUGUUACGUUAUUGGCAUGGGCAUUAUAAAUGUCAGGGAGGGAAGAUUCAGAAUGACUUGGUGGGGCACUCGUUUGGAAAAUUAGUUUAUGUGUUAAAUAGAAGUCAUCAAGGACAAACAGGCAAAGGACAGUGACUUAUGUGUGUCGUCUACAUAGAGAGAGACACAAAAUGCAGAAAUAAGGAAGAUAUAAGGUGUCAAUGAUCCCAACACAUUUUCAAUUCCUUAGAAGUGCCGGUUUGGAUGUUACACUUUUUCUUACUGUCCUCAUUUACUUUUAGCUCUCAAAGCACUGGGAACAGUGCCUGGCACAUGGUAGGAGUUUGGUAAGCGCUGGGAAGUGGAAGGUCCAGCUUGUCACUACAUGGUAAACACUCAGUACUCACUAUACAUCAAAUUAAAUGAGCCAUAGGGAAGCAGGUCAGCCACAUCCCCCUCCUAGAUCAUCACAACCCAGCUAAGGAGAGGCCUUCCUGAACUGACAGAUUCAGAGCAAGGUCCAGCCAGCUGCAGGCACUGGGCCUGGCUCUUGCCAGGAUGCUGUACAUAGUGGGCCUGUAUCACUUAGGAUGCUACACAUAGUGGGUUUGUAUCACUUUAGACAGGAUUCUCUGCACAUGGUGGGUCUGUUUCACUUAGACCUUAUCUGCAUAACACCUAACAAGCUAUUUCUACAGGGAAUAUGGCUGGGGGCUCCCCUCCUAUUGCAUCUGCCAUUUCCUAAACGCUUGGUGCAAUGCUGUGGAGUUCUGCCAACUUCGGGCACAAUUUGAGAACUAAAGGUAACGAUUCUGGGUUCAGCCAGUCUAAGAGGUCUAGUGAUUUCUUCUCUCAGCCCUUCACAUCAUCCAAAUCUGGAGAUGCCACCUCAAGGGGUAGGCCAGUGUGUGCCUGACGCAUGUCAGACUUCUGAGUUCUUCCAGCUGCCUCAAAUAAAUCCUUUUAGUCUAGAAAAUGUGUUUAUAUGCUAACUAUACUAUUGUGUAUGAUGUGAAACGAUGCAAACUUUGGACUAUCUUGUUAGAAGGACUGUAUGCAUUUAUAUAAUUUAAUUUCAGGAGAGCAUGUUGUCAUCUUGCUCAAUGAAUGAGGUUGCCCAACCAAAGAUGAUCAGAGAAAAUGCCCCCUCCCCUCCCCACACCUCUCAGCCCCACCCCUCAUGGAGCCCCUGCCUAAUUGAGUUGUCCCGUCCACUCCAGGCUGAUGCAGAGUGAAGGGCGCUGAGAACCUCCGUGUAUAUAAAGCUAUAGGAAGAAAAUAAGAACCACCACAGGAAUCUGUCGGGCUUCUUCCCAUAACUGUGAUUUUACCCAUGUUUGAGUCACAAACUUUAAAUUUCUAACAAUUAAGAUUCCUGCAGUUUCCAAGUAAUUUGUUAAAUGCCUAUUCGACACAGAUAUUUAUUUUCAGCCUUGACUUGUAAAUGCCUACAAACUGAUUCAUGCUGGUGGUCGUUACGACACUUCCUGUGAAUUGGUGAAUAAAUAUGAUUUUAGAAUUUCACAGUAAA